AUGGCUUCCUCUUCUUCGAAGAUCCGAGCCUUCGAGCUCCAAUCCAAGAGCAAACAAGAUCUCUUGACUCAACUCAACGAGCUCAAGACUGAACUUGCCUCUUUGAGAGUACAAAAGAUCGCUGGUGGUUCCGCUUCCAAAUUGACCAAGAUCAACACCGUCCGAAAAUCCAUCGCUCGAGUUCUUACCGUCAUCAACCACAAGCAAAGAGAUAACCUCAGAGAGUUCUACAAGAAGUCCAAGUACCUCCCCCUUGACCUCAGAUACAAGAAGACCAGAGCUAUCAGACGACGACUCACCCACAAGGAGACUUCUGCUAUCACUGAGAAGCAACACAAGAAGAACAUCCACUUCCCCCAAAGGAAAUACGCUUUAAAGGCAUGA